CACCGGUUAACGAAGAACAUGGUCAAGGCUAGGAAAUACGUGGUCAAGCGGCACUUUGAAGGUGUACCAAAGCGCGAUGAUUUUGAAAUCGUUGAGUACGAAUUACCACCUAUUCAGAAUGGCGAAAUUUUAGUUAAGGCAGAGUGGGUUAGCGUCGACCCUUAUUUGAGAGCGUAUAACAAACGGUUUCCAGUGCCUUAUGACCAGUUUUCUUAUCAAGUUGGAUUAGUGGAAGACUCCAAAGACCCUCGAUUUCCCGUAGGCACUAGAGUGGUGUCGCACAAAGGCUGGUGUGAUUAUAGUGUCAUGAAUGCAAAUGUGAGUAAUUCUCCAGCAGAUAUAAUAUACAAGUUGCCUGAUUUGAAGGGCCUAUCGAAUUCUUUGGGUAUUGGAGCAGUGGGAAUGCCAGGAGCCACGGCGUAUUUUGGACUUCUUGAAAUAUGUCAACCGAAAGCCGGUGAGACUGUUGUAGUUACUGGUGCUGCCGGAGCAGUUGGAUCACUGGUUGGCCAAAUUGCAAAGAUAAAAGGUUGUCGAGUGAUUGGAUUCGCAGGUUCAGAAGACAAAGUUAACUGGUUAGAAAAAGACCUAGGAUUCGAUAAAGCAUUCAAUUACAAAACUGUGGAUGUUCAGAAGGUUCUCAAGGAAGCGGCGCCGAAAGGUAUUGACUGCUACUUCGACAAUGUUGGAGGUGAAAUAAGCAGCAUUAUUAUAAGUCAAAUGAAUGACUUCGGAAGAGUGGCUGUAUGCGGGAGUAUAAGUUCUUACAAUGAUGACUUCACUAAACUACCGAAAGCUACUAUAUUACAAAUAGCUUUAGUUAUGAAACAAUUAAAAAUACAAGGUUUCUUAGCACCACGAUGGAGGGACCGCUGGUCUGAAGCAUUUUCGGAUCUAUCUAAAUGGAUUAAGUCGGGUGAUUUAAAAACGAGGGAGCACGUUACUGAAGGUUUCGAUAAACUUUACGAUGCAUUUAUAGGAAUGUUGAAUGGUGAAAACAUCGGUAAAGCUGUAGUCAAAAUUUAAACAAUUUUUAACUCGUCUUCCAUCAGAAACUUAUGGAAUGUUAAGUAUAGCGAAGCGAAAAUAUUAAGUUAAAUUCAAAAUAUGUCAAGUUUACUAAUUUAGUGUUAAAAAAUUAAAUAUGUUUUGACAGUUUAUCAAAUUAUGUACGUAUUCGAAUUAAUUUAAUAUUGGCACAGUUAUGCUGCCUCGGUAGUAUUCGCUACAGGGUAUUUCUUAAGCAACCGAAUUUGUAAUUAAGUUAUUUUAUAUUACAUAAUAAAGUGCCCUUUGAUUGUAUUUCGUCAAACUACCUGUAUAGGCGAUGUAAGACAAAAAAGUCCCCAUACGUAAAAUAUUGAUCAUAAUAACACUCUUGUUAAUGU